UCUCUCUGCAGCAUAAAUCCCUUACUGUCUCGAACACAUUAUUGCAUUUAUGUGGAUAAAUAUAUAUUAAUUUGUAAUUUAUAUGAACAUAUAUACACAAUUUAUUUUCUAUGUAUUAAUUUGGUGUUAUUUCAACCUUAAUUAAGCAAGAAAGCCGUUUCCUUUAGCUUUUUGGAAUUUGUCACAAAUACAUAGUCGAUGGCAAAUAUCCUUUCAGCAUUAUGAUAGGCUGAACAAUGGCUUUUAUAUGAUUCACUUAUGGAAUAUGACUACUGCCUAGCAGAAUGGUGAAAGAAAUGUUGUGCUUUCUGACCUUGUUUUCUCUUGAAAUUCUGCAACCUAUAAACGCGCAGAAUCUAACAGAAGAAAUGAACAUGUCAACAUUGUUAUACAAGUUAUUUGAUGGAUACGACAAGAAACUGUCACCAAAGUAUAAAAGAGGAAGCAACGAUCAAGUGGUUGAAGUGACUGCCAAUAUAUUUAUCAUUUCAAUGUUCUCCAUCAGUGAGAUAGACAUGAUAAAGAAAUCAAAUAAAGACGAUGUUGAAAGUAUAUCUGUUAAUUCCUUCAUCGGGGUAUCGAAUCCAAAACAUCAUAGCCGACGCAACGGAAAACAUAACACAAAACAAAAUGGCUGCAAAAUAAUUAACAGGGAUUACUCACUGAGCAUGUUCCUCCGGGAGCGAUGGAAAGAUGAACGUUUGGUUUAUGACGAUGUCCUCAAUCUUACGAGACUUGAACUCGACGCCUCUCUCUUUGAUUCCAUCUGGGUUCCAGAUUUUUUUAUCAUAACUGAAAAGUUUUCAGACUUUCACGAGGUGACUGUGCCAAAUAAGAUGGUGCAUAUCUAUCCAGACGGUACCGUGCAGUAUAGUGCUAGGGUGACCGGAUCGUUCUUUUGUGUCAUGGACCUUAGACGAUACCCAUUUGAUACUCAGCACUGCAAAAUGGAGUUUGAAAGUUAUGGGCAGACGACCAAACAUCUGAAGUUCAAAUGGAGUGACGUGCCCCUCACAAUGGGAAAAGACAUUAAGUUUCCGCAGUUCGAUCUGAUAUCAACACAGACAUAUAACUGCGACAAGGACUACUUCGGAAGUAUGUCUAAACUUGCCUUUCCUUGCAUUGGUUUGAAAUUUAUAUUGGAGAGGAACUACGCUUACCACAUCAUUCAGAUCUACGUCCCUAGUAUCCUCAUUGUUAUCUUGUCUUGGGUCAAUUUCUGGUUGGACUGUACUUCUGUACCUGGUCGUGUCUCGUUGGCUUUGUUGACCGUUCUAACAAUGACAACGCAGAGUGCUGGUGCUCGCUCAAAUCUUCCAAGGGUAUCAUAUAUCAAGGCUAUAGAUGUUUGGAUGGCAGCUUGUCUGACAUUCGUCUUCCUUGGUUUGUUGGAAUUUGCAUAUGUAAAUGUUCAAAGUAGAGUUCUUAAUCGCAGAAAGUCCGUAAUACAAUUUAUGGUACAUCAAUCAAGCCGGUCAUCUUCGCUUCCGAAUGGUCAAGGCAGCAAUGGGGACAUUGGUGGAUAUAAUGAGUCAAAUUCGGACUCCGAUGUUACCAAAUGCAGUCCUUGCUUCAAGCAUUUAAAAGGGCUCGAAAGGGCACGUGCAAUAGAUAAAAUAUCACGCGUGGUGUUUCCGGUAACAUUUAUCAUUUUUAAUAUUAUAUAUUGGAUUUACUACUUUAGCUGGAUUCCUGAAGCGGAUAGUGACUUGUAGCACAACAUUGAUGCUCAAUAAUGAAAGAAUGAAUAAGCUUUUAGAGUGAUCUCCGUCUGAAGUCUGUGUGAUUUCAUGACGUCACGUAAUUUAUUUCGUCGACUAUGACGUCAUGAUUACAUCUCGUAUGCAGAAAACUACAUGUGUACUUUUGGUUAACGACCUUAUAUGUUAUGUAAUAUUGUGCAUGGAUUUUAUGACCAGCUGGUGAUUAAAGAUUAAAUAUAAUAAUUUAAAAAAAAACGUAACAAGACAUAAGUUAAAUGUUUAAUCAAGUUCAGUUUUAUCGAGGAAUGGAACGAGCUGCGGUAUUUUCACUUUUAUAUUCCAUACCAGCAUAAACACAGAAUGUGUGCAUUUUUAAUGGACUUUAACUUUGGAAAGAAUAAGUUAACAGUGUGACGUUUUGCUGACCCGAUAGAUGCCGUUUUAAACGAGUAAUUCCUUUAACUAAUUUAAGAAAACAACAUUAUUAUUUAAUCAAAAUUUUAUAUAUAUGAAAUUAAUAGCGCUUUUUGGUUGCGGGUUUAUCCCGCUACCAAAGUUAAGUGUAUUUCUGACAAUCAUGUAGCAAUCUUGUAGCAUCUUUAUUUGAUUCCAAAUCACAUCCAAAGGAAUUUGUCAUGUGCUACACAAAGUAGUCCCAUUCAUGAACAAUGCGGAUGAAUUAUCAAUGAUCAAGCAGUUUUUAUUCAUGCUCUAUCCAUUUACACUCAGUCUGGCCAUUUAGAUUAUAUAAGAUCUGUCAAUGAUUAGGUAUUCCAGCCCAUGGUUACAGCACUGACUUCCAGCUGUUCAUGUAAGGUCAGGCAGAGUUUAUCUUAGAUAUGAGGCCCAUUAGUAUUUGUUUCUUAUACAUGUUUAUUUAUAGAAUCUAGAUUGGCAUUUAAAAUGAAAAUAACUCUAGCAAAACCCGCAACCACCAGACAUCUCAAGGCUUUGAUUUAAUAAAUGUCGUUUUGGUAUCAAAUACAUAAAAUGUCCAUAAACGUAUGUGUACGGCCUUCCAUGCUCUUCAAGCAGUCCUAUUUAAUAAUACUCUGAUGGAAACUAGUUUUACGCACUUAAUUUCAUAAACUAUUUGCUAUCUCCCAAACAGACAUAGAUCACAAGUGGUUUAAAUUAUUAAUUAAAUUAUUUCAAUGUACUACGGGUCAAAAAUAACAAUGAUUACAACUGAAAGCACGUCUUGUUAUAUUUAAUACUCUGUUACAUUGGCAGUAUUCUAUUUUGUUGCAGCAUUUCAAAGCAGGGUAUGCUGGUACAUCUAAAUUUUCACCUAAUAAGGAGUCAGAAACACCGUACAUUUAAUGUAAUAAAAGCAUUCGUAUUUACAAAUGUAAAUCUAAAUAAAUACAACACAAUUAUAUAACAAAUAUGACUGUAAAGUGAUCUUUGGCUAGAAGGAAUAUGUCCACCUGUGAUUCACAAACUGAACACUCACUGCUAGUUGUGACCACGUUACAUAAAUGAAUACGACUACAAAUAAAUCACGUGCUUAAUGCCAAACAGUUAAUGCUUAUUCAGUUAAAGGCUAAAUAUAACAGCUAAUGAAUCAAGUGGUUAAUGCCAUUUGCUGGCGACAAAUAAAUUGAAUGAGUACGUUGCUAAUAAAUCUUGUGAUUAAUGAUGCAACACUUGCAAUAUAAAAAUGGCUGCUCGUACAUCAGGAGAUUGGUGCCUAUUUCUAUAUGAUGCAACAUACGAAUGAACGUUUCUACACGGCGCUUUUGUUUCUGGCGAAUGAAGCAGCACACUCUGGAUGAGCAUGGAUACCGGCCAUUGAAUCGCGUAGUUAAUGUCCAUGGUCAAUUAUAACAAUGCUCAAUCAUGUACUGCCUAUGGCCUCAUACCUAAUUACGGAAGACUUAAUGAACACUUAAUUUCCUGAUUGAGCGCGCUACUACUAAAAGAAGCGAAAACAACUAAUAAUGAAUCACGUGCAGAAAGAGCAUAAAUACUGAUAAAUCACAUGAUUAAUGCCUAUGGCAUAACACUUGCCGAUAAGCACAAUUGUUGGUGAAUCUAGAGAUAAAGGGGCUAUGACUGAGUAUGGCUGCACAUGAAUCACAUGAUUAUUGAUCUACGGCUAUAAAGAAAUCAGAUUAACAUUCUAAGAAUUAAUGCCUAUGAGAUAUGACUAGUGAGGACAUCGUCCUGUUGAUGCUCAAUCACAUGUUAAUGUUUUUAGUUUAUUAAAUAUAGUAUCAUGUUAACUUUAUAUAAAUUCUAAACUACAUUAUAUACUGAAUAAAUAUGGCACUGAAGAAUGUCAACUGUUCAAUCACUGUCCAUUUUUUUUUACAUCCUUUUUGGCAGCACAUGAUAAAUUGCCACUGGUACUUGUAUCACAGAUAAAAACCUAUUUGUUUUCUCAAGGCUUCAAAUAGCAAAAUAAUAAUGAAUGUAUGUGUCAUACACGUUAACUUUUCAUUCAAACACUUGUCACCAAAAUUUUAUAAAAGGCAAUAAUCUCUCGGCUGCUAGCAUUUAAGAAUUCUUUUAAAUUAUUUUCAGUCCAAGAUUAAGCCAAUGAUCUUAAACCAUCUUCAGGAAAGCGGCAAGAAUGAGACAAUGAGCAUUAAAUAA